UUCUGCCGGUAGCGCGGCACUGCCCGCAGCCGGGCCCGCAGCCGGGCCCGCAGCCGGGACCGCAGCGCUCGGGACCGCAGCGCUCCGGCCCGCCCUCACACCCGCCGCCACGCUUCUCCCUGCUCGGCGCCGCGGCAACGCCCAUCCAUUUCCUCCUCUGAGCCAAUGGCGAGGCAGCGCCGAGCCUUAAACCCGCCCCUCUUGCCCCGGUAGCGGAAGGGGUUUUCUCCCCGCCCGUGACGCCAUAUUGGGUUUUGUGGAAGAGGGGGCGGGGAAGCGGAAGGACCCGGCUCGGCCGCCCCAACCAUGUCAGAAGGGGACAGUAUUGGUGAGUCUGUGCAUGGAAAACCUUCUGUGGUCUACAGAUUUUUCUCCAGACUCGGACAGAUCUACCAGUCCUGGUUAGACAAAUCUACUCCAUAUACUGCAGUGCGAUGGAUUGUAACUUUGGGCCUGAGUUUUAUCUACAUGAUUAGAGUUUAUUUACUGCAGGGUUGGUACAUUGUGACAUAUGCCUUGGGAAUCUACCACCUAAAUCUCUUCAUAGCUUUCUUGUCGCCAAAGGUCGACCCCUCUUUAAUGGAAGAUUCAGAUGAUGGUCCUUCCUUACCUACAAGGCAAAAUGAAGAAUUUCGGCCUUUCAUUAGAAGGCUCCCAGAGUUUAAAUUCUGGCACUCUGCCACUAAAGGAAUCCUGGUUGCUAUGGCAUGCACGUUCUUCGAGGCUUUCAACGUUCCCGUUUUUUGGCCAAUCCUUGUGAUGUACUUCAUUAUGCUAUUCUGUAUCACAAUGAAGAGGCAAAUCAAGCACAUGAUAAAGUACAGAUAUAUACCCUUCACGCACGGCAAGAGGAAAUACAAAGGGAAAGAAGAUGUGGGAAAGACCUUUGCAAGCUAGAAGAUGCAAUCAAUCUGUUGACCAAUUCUAACUAAAGGAACGAUUUUGAGCCAUUGUAACAAUGCCUUUUUUCUUCAUAAAAAAUGAUUAACAGAGUGGUGACAAAGCAGUUGAAUUUUCAUUUUAAGAGGAUCUUGCUAUUUUUAUCUGAAAUAUUGGUUUCUUGAAGAAACUGGCAUUCUAACCAAAUUGCAUUGAGUUUCUUAUCUUUUGUAAGAAGUUGGAGAAACUUCGGCUAAUCCCGUGGAUUUGGGAUAAUGUAUUUCUUUCAAGAUCCGUUGCACUGGAGAGAUUAAUGGCCGAGAGUUGGACAUUUUUACAUAGUUCUCCUGCUCAAUAUCACCCUGCCUGAAGUGCUGUGCACAUAUGCGGAGGAGAAACGUCAGCUGGCACACGUGAUGCUGUUUUCUGCUUCAUGGCCGUGUGCUGUUUUCAUAGAAAAAUUCAGUAGACCUAGAUAGAUGCAGAACUUAUGCCAAUUUCCUAAAUGCAUGGUAUUACUGAGUUAUAAUCAAACAAAUAUAGAUAGGAAUAAGAAAUCUACUAAAUUAUGGGGUUUGCAAUAGUGAGAAAGCACUCAUGUAGCUUCAGAAGUAACUCAUUUGUGUCGGGUUUUAAUGCCAGUUUCACCAUUACAUCUCCCAGCAGAUGCUAAAAUUGGGCUUUUUCAUGAUGACUCAAAACUUUGUUCAAACUCUAUCCCAAUUUCCUCUGAGGACCUGGAAUUAUAAAAAAUAUAUAUUUUAAUUGUUAUUAGUUGGAGUUUCUUUCAUACUUAAGGGUUUCUUGAUUAAUUUAAGCUGACUUUGUGCAGCCCCUUCAGAAUAUGCCCAAACUGGCCACAGCAGACAAACGGUGUGGGGUUUAACACAGCUUUUCAUUUUCUAUGGGGAAAAAGAAAUCGGAGAGAAAUGACCUGCAUGUAAACUUUUUCAUGUGAUACAACUGCAGUUUUAUCAAGUGACUUUUUAAUUCCAAAAUUUAUUAAAGACAGUGUCCCCCUUUA